AUGACACUCUUCCAUCCACGAACACUUUAUUUGGGUAUCACAGCACUUGAGAUUACUUUUGAUGAUUUAAAAUUCAGAGGAGCAUUACGUGCGCUCCAUACAACGGUCAUGAGCAAACUAAAGCCGCUGCGCCCGCGCCGCCUCGCUCACCUGGUUAUCAGCCUUCGGGGGGAAGGGGUACGAAAGAAAAGUGCUCACGUGAUA